CUGCACCGAUGGAGGUAUAAUCACUCCGACCUGUGAGAGGCAGCACCGUGCCACUAUGCCUCCAGUCUGCCGGAAUUGCAGAAGUAGAAGAAGAAGAGGUUCGUUUUGAACCCGAAAAGAAGCAAGUGAUGGAGUUUCCUGAAGAUUUCAAUCAACUUGAGCUUCUGAAUACACAUGGAGACCUGAUCCCCCGAGGAGCCAGCAGCCUGUGGACCGAAAGCAAGGAUGAGGAGGACGAGGUGGAUGAAGACGAGACCGACCAAAGCGAGGAGUGGUAUCUUGAGAAAGAGGAAACUCUCAAACACCUCCCAAAGGUUCUGAUUCUGUGGGCUGCAGAAAACAAUCGCGUUUCCACCAUCCACAGGCUGAUAACUGCUGAUCCGUUGCUGGUGCACAGCUGCGAUGAGGAUGGAUACACUCCACUGCACCGUGCGGCGUACAGCGGCCAUGUUGACGCGGUCUCUGCUUUAAUCGCUGCUGGGUCAAAGGUGAACCCUCGCACCAAUGACGGCUGGACGCCCCUUCAUAGUGCCUGCCGCUGGAGCCGCGUCAAAGUGGCAAGUUUUCUCCUGAAACAUGGAGCCGAACUGAAUGCCCAGACCAACGGUGGGCUCACUGCGCUACACCUGGCCGCCUCAGACACCACCGCCUUCGGGACAGACUCUCCUCACACGUUGGAGCUCCUGCUCUCUCAGCGACACCUGAGGUCGGAGCUGUGUAGCGGCAGUGGGGAGACUGCCAGGGAGAUAGCCCGACGCACAAGCCCACAUCACGUCCUGUUUGAGAUGGUAGAAGACUGCGUCAAUGGGGCACCCAUUUCAUGAAUUCAAAAAAAACACGGGUGUACUUUUUGUUUAUACACGAAACUGGUCCUAUUAUGAGAAAAUAUAUUGAUGUAAACAUGCUUGUCCCAUGCUUGUGUUCAUGUCGAUAACCAUCGUUGCAUGGUCAUUCAUGCUUUUUGUGAAGCAUUGUAAUAAAUGAAUGUGUCUUUUUAA